ACAGGAAAGAGGUACUCAAUAAUAAUGCUGUAUGCUGUCUUCACGUGCUCUCGGAAAUACGAGUUUCCUGGAUUAAAAAAAAUGCAAAUUGUUUACAUUGAAACUAAAUUAUUUAAUAUUAACGAACAACACAUUGUUUUUGGUCCUUGUCAGUAAAGAAAAAUAAAAAUCCCACCACCAAGAGUUAAUCUGUGAAUUGGCGCAUGCAAAAUUGCGAAACAAAAGGACGGAUUUGGGAUUAAAAUGCAAAUUUUGGAAUGCUGAAUGAAUGUUAAACCUGGAGGUUUAAUACUGAGCAACCUCAGUGACGUGUGCAGCCCACAUGAGACCACCGGAGGUAGAACAACACAAACAUCCUUAGAUACAACGUAUAAAUGAAUAUGUAUAAACGGAAUCAACAUGCAAAUUAAUGAUUGCUUAUUAUUUCCUAUUGAAGCGCAAUAUGUAACCACAUUAAAUCAUGGUUAUUAUCCGUUUACCGUUUUAUUCCUGUAUACAACUGGGGCGGAAACGAUUAUGCGUGAUUGAGUGUUAGCAAACGCAUCUCGACGUGCAGCCACUGCUGGUUGUCCUCUAAUCUGGCCUGCUGUAGUCUGCUUCAGUGACUCGGUUAUUUCGUUCAUUUUUGACUGACUGUUGGUCAUGAUGUUGCCGUCAUAAUGGAUAAAAACAAAGCAGUCAACAUCAGCAGCACGCCAGUACUGGUGCAACAGUGCAGUAGCAUGCAAAUAAUGGCCAGCCAUGACCCACUGUAGUGUUGGACAGAAGGAUGACACAGAGAGGAAACCAUGGAGAAAUACUUUCCCAGAUAUGUCCCUUUCUUUACUCUGCUGGCACUGUUAGGAUUCCUAUUCCUGCUUUGGAAUAUCACCUCGUUGGAAAGCUGGAACUGUCAGACAGUGUCUUCUUUUUAUCAGCUUCAAAACAGCAUCCAGUCAGUCUUGAAGACCUCUGAAUUUUUUCUGCCUGUGGAGUUCAACUACUCAUUCUGCGCCCACCUCGGCCAGGAGCCCUCUGGAGAGGAAGCCAGGGAGGAGAGCUAUAUUCUCAAAUCCAUCGCCUGGCCAGAGCCAUCGAUCCUAGGACUGCCGUUGCGUCAAAGUACUGAUCCUGCACAGAGCUAUUACAGUAUCCAAGACCCUGGAGAGCUGCAGAUUGGUGGGCAGCUGGUAGUGAAAGUACAGAUGCACAACUUUUUGGGCCAGCCCAAAAAACACGGAGGAGACUUCCUAGUAGCGCGACUUCACACACCAGAGCUGGCGGCAGGUGUGGCGGGGCAGGUACACGACCACAACAAUGGAAACUACACUGUAUUUUUCCCACUGCUAUGGGCAGGUGUUGUGCAGGUGGAGCUGAUCAUGAUUCACUCCAGCGAGGCCGUGAUGGUCCUCAGGCGACUGAGAGAGGAGCAAUCAGACCGGGUGUUCUUCAAGAGCCUCUUCCGCUCAGGGUACCUCUCUGAGACAACUUUGUGUAAUUUGUGCCUGCCGGUCAAACAGCAGCCGCUUUGCAACUACACAGACCCACAGACCGGAGAACCCUGGUUCUGUUAUAAGCCCAAGAUGUUGGACUGUGAUACACGGAUCAACCACUCAAAAGGGGGGUAUAAGAAACACCUUCUCACUGUUUAUGAGUCGCAGUUCUUCCAAAGUGGAAUAAAUAUCAAAAUCCCAAUACAUCCUGCAGGGGUGGAAAAUGUGACUGUUUUACCUGCUUCUAAAGUACGAAUCAAAGGGAUGCACCUUAAAUUCACUCCUUCCGGGUACUACUACCAGGGAUCAUGGAGGCCAUUGAGUGGUGUCGUUAUGCGUCAGUUUAAUGGCUCUUCAGUCAUAACCCAGUGUCUUAGAGGGAAAAUGCUGUACAUGUAUGGAGACUCCACUGUGCGACAGUGGUACGAGUAUCUCAUUGCCCACGUUCCAGAGUUUAAAGAGUUCAACUUUCAUAGCCCGAAGAAUGUUGGCCCGUACAUGGCUGUCGACAGCAACCACAACAUACUGUUGAGAUACCGCUGCCACGGGCCACCAAUCCGCUUCACGUCCGUGUCCUCGGCUGAGAUGCACUAUAUCUCAAAUGAGCUGGACCGCUUACGAGGGGGCUCGGAUACGGUGGUCAUGAUUAGCAUCUGGUCACAUUUCAGCACUUUCCCAGUGCAGGUGUACAUACGACGCUUGCGCCACAUUCGCAGGGCGGUGAUCCGACUGCUGAACCGAGAACCAGCGACUUUGAUCCUGAUCCGCACGGCCAAUCUCCAGAAACUGGACCCGGAGUCCAGCUUGUUCAACAGCGACUGGUUCUCUCAACAGCUUGACGCAGUGCUCCGAGCCAUGUUUAAAGGUCUGAACAUCCAGCUGGUGGACGCCUGGGAGAUGACACUGGCCCACCACCACCCUCAUCAGCUACACCCUCCACCUGACAUUAUAUCAAAUAUGGUUAACUUCAUCCUUUCCCACAUCUGCCCGGUAAGGAGAAAAAAAAGGCGGGGCUAAUGCAAGGCUAAAUUUCUCAAGCAGUAUUUGAGGGCAACUUUUAAAAAAAAAAGUUCUAUUUUUGGCUUUAGUUCACCCUCAUCCUUCAUUCCAAACCUGUAUGUCUUUCUUUAUUCUGCAGAAAAAGAAAGCAAGUCAUACAGGUUUGGAAUGACAUGAGGGUGAGUAAAUAAUAGAAUUUUGAACGAUCUCUUUAGGACAAGAACCAAGCCAUCAACUCAAAGGCUGAAACUGUAUAAAAUUCAAUUAUAUAUAAAUCAAUUUGUAACAAAAUUUAAAGAAAUAAGUUGAGAUGAUUACAGAAAGUAUAUAAGUAUUAUGAACUAUGAGUGCAAGAACAUCUGUUUCUGUGCCUUGGUAAACAGUGAUUGCAUUAGCUGGUCAUUAUCUGUCUGUCUAGCUGACAUGUUGGCCAUAUGUGGACAUGUUGGCCAUAUGUGGUCAUGUGAUGUUUGGAAUUUGACAAGUGUGAAAGAGCAUACAGGUAUGACAAGGGGUGUCUGCAGAGAUAUAGAUUAUACUUUGUUGCUUAUCUUGUACUAUUUAUUUUGUCCAUCAUGCCUUUGAUAAGUAUUAAUAUAAUUUAUUCCAUUCUGCAUUUACCUCUGAAUGAUCCAAAAAUGUAUAUACAGUAUCUCACAGAAAUUUGUAAAUAUUUUGUUAUAUAUUUUCAUGUGACAACACUGAAGAAAUGACACUUUGCUACAAUGUAAAGUAGUGAGUGUACAGCUUGUAUAACAGUGUAAAUUUGCUGUCCCCUCAAAAUAACUCAACACACAGCCAUUAAUGUCUAAACCACUGGCCACAAAAGUGAGUACACCCCUAAGUGAAAAUGUCCAAAUUGGGCCCAAUUAGCCAUUUUCUCUCCCCGGUGUCAUGUGACUCGUUAGUGUUACAAGGUCUCAGGUGUGAAUGGGGAGCAGGUGUGUUAAAUUUGGUGUUAUCGCUCUCACUCUCUCAUACUGGUCACUGGAAGUUCAACAUGGCACCUCAUGGCAAAGAACUCUCUGAGGAUCUGAAAAAAAGAAUUGUUGCUCUACAUAAAGAUGGCGUAGGCUAUAAGAAGAUUGCCAAGACCCUGAAACUGAGCUGCAGCACGGUGGCCAAGACCAUACAGCGGUUUAACAGGACAGGUUCCACUCAGAACAGGCCUCGCCAUGGUCGACCAAAGAAGUUGAGUGCACGUGCUCAGCAUCAUAUCCAGAGGUUGUGUUUGGGAAAUAGACGUAUGAGUUCUGCCAGCAUUGCUGCAGAGGUUGAAGGGUUGGGGGGUCAGCCUGUCAGUGCUCAGACCAUACGCCGCAUAAAAUUGGUCUGCAUGGCUGUCGUCCCAGAAGGAAGCUUCUUCUAAAGAUAAUGCACAAGAAAGCCCGCAAACAGUUUGCUGAAGACAAGCAGACUAAGGACAUGGAUUACUGGAACCAUGUCCUGUGGUCUGAUGAGACCAAGAUAAACUUAUUUGGUUCAGAUGGUGUCAAGCGUGUGUGGCGGCAACCAGGUGAGGAGUACAAAGACAAGUGUGUCUUGCCUACAGUCAAGCAUGGUGGUGGGAGUGUCAUGGUCUGGGGCUGCAUGAGUGCUGCCGGCACUGGGGAGCUACAGUUCAUUGAGGGAACCAUGAAUGGCAACAUGUACUGUGACAUACUGAAGCAGAGCAUGAUCCCCUCCCUUCGGAGACUAGGCUGCAGGGCAGUAUUCCAACAUGAUAACGACCCCAAACACACCUCCAAGAUGACCACUGCCUUGCUAAAGAAGCUGAAGGUACCUAAACCCUAUUGAGCAUCUGUGGGGCAUCCUCAAACGGAAGGUCGGAGGAGCACAAGGUCUCUAACAUCCACCAGGCUCCGUGAUGUCGUCAUGGAGGAGUGGAAGAGGACUCCA